UCCAAAAGAAAAGAAAAAAGAAAGAGAAAAACGCACGCCGCCCGGCUUUCAUUCGCCCGCUCGUCUGCCCCUCCGACGCCGGAGCUCCGCGCUCCUGCCCGCCGGCCGCUCUCCGCCCCUCUGCAGGUCCUCCACCACCCGUCCCGUCCCUUCCUUACUCUCCUCCCUCGAGGCCCCGUCCCCGUCCCGCCUUCUCCUCCUCGGCGCCGUCGACUCCACGACCCCAGCUCGCGGCCGUCCGCGAAGGCGACGACCGGCAGCAGCGGCCCGAAUCGAGGGGCGAGGGCCCUCUCAGGUGUUGAGUGGGCCAAAUGGCACAGAUUCCAAACCUCGAUAACGCCGCGCUCAAUCUUACUGCCCUGAGGGAGCAGUCACAGAAGGAACUUCUCAGCAUAAUCAAGAGUAUUAGGGGGAAGAAGUGUCUGGUCAUUGAUCCGAAGCUUGCGGGUACCCUCUCGCUGAUCCUGCAGACCUCGGCGCUAAAGGAAUAUGGCACGGAGCUGCGGAUCCUCUCUGCUGACCCUCUGCAGACGGAAUGCCCCAAAGUGGUGUAUCUUGUUCGCUCCCAGUUGAACUUCAUGAAAUUUGUGGCUAAUCAAAUUAAGAAUGACGAAUCCAAAGGGCUCCAGAGGGAAUACCACCUCUAUUUUGUACCACGCCGUAUAGUUGCCUGUGAGAAGAUUCUGGAGGAAGAGAAAGUUCAUCAAAAGUUGACAAUCGGAGAAUAUCCCUUGUAUCUAGUUCCUUUGGACGAGGAUGUCCUUUCUUUGGAGCUUGACUAUUCCUUGCAGGAAUGCCUUAUUGAAGGAGAUACAAGUUCUGUCUGGCAUGUUGCAAAAGCUAUCCAUAAGUUAGAGUUUGCCUUCGGGGUUAUCCCCAAUAUUAGAGCCAAGGGUGUAGCAUCAACCAAAGCUGCAGAAUUGCUGAACCAUAUGCAACUCGAAGACCCGGUCAGCAUGGAUAAUAUGGGGAUUCCAGAGAUAGACACCGUUAUCUUGCUAGAUAGAGAGGUGGAUAUGGUGACACCAAUGUGCUCUCAGCUAACGUAUGAAGGUCUAUUAGACGAGAUGUUGGAAAUUCAUAAUGGAUCUGUGGAAGUUGACGCCAGCAUUAUGGGUGCUCAACAAGAUGGAAAAAAGGUCAAGGUUCCACUCAAUUCAAGUGAUAAGUUGUACAAGGAGAUUCGAGACCUCAACUUGCAUGUUGUAGUUCAGGUCGUCCGCCAAAAGGCAACGUCUAUUCAGCAAGAUUAUGCAGAAGUAAAAUCAACGAAUACACAGUCGGUUUCUGAGCUGAAGGAUUUUGUGAAGAGGUUACACUCGCUACCGGAGAUAGCUAGGCAUGUUAACUUGGCACAACAUUUGCAAUCAUUUGCGGCAAAACCCGCAUUUCAUGCCCGAGUAGAGAUUGAGCAAAUAAUACUGGAGGCGCAGACCUAUGAAACGUGUUACGAGUACAUUGAGGAGAUUAUACAGAAGCAAGAGCCUAUUGAAACUGUACUUCGCCUUCUAGUGUUAUUUUCCCUUACAAAUGGUGGGUUGCCGAAGAAGAAUUUUGACUACUUGAGGCGGGAAAUACUGCACAGUUAUGGCUUUGAGCACAUGCCUUUGUUAUACAAUCUGGAAAAAGCUGGCCUUGUUAAAAGGCAGGAAUCGAGGACUAAUUGGCCUGUUAUUAGCAGAGCUCUCCAGCUUAUAGUUGAUAUAAAGGAUCCUGAAAACCCUGAUGAUAUAGCAUACAUCUUUGCUGGAUAUGCACCUCUUAGUAUUCGCCUGGUUCAGCAUGCAGUAAGGUCUGGAUGGCGAUCUAUUGAAGAACUGUUGAAAUUAUUGCCAGGUCCUCAUAUGGAUUUGAAAAGAGGUGUCUCGACCAUUAGUUCAUCAGAAUUACUACCAGGUUCUGGGUCACAACAGAGUACCGACAGGGUUGGUCAUCGCUCCCUGGUUCUGGUUGUAUUUAUUGGUGGUGUAACAUCUGCUGAGAUUGCUGCGCUUCGAUUUCUUAGUGCACAGGAAGGAAUGGGCUAUGACUUCCUGGUUGCAACAACAAAGGUUAUCACUGGCAACACAUUACUGAGACCAAUUAUAGCCAGCAGCAAAGAGGGAAUGAUUUAGUUGUCUUUUCUGUGCACACCCCUUUUUGAUUGUACAAAGCAGCAGCGCACACCCGAGCCCAAGAUGGGAUUUUCCUUGGUUCAGUUCUAGGCCACUUCUAUUCUGCCACCAGAAAUGCUAUUGCUUGCGCUCUUGCGUUCAUCAGUCUUGGUUUUCUCGUCAGAUAGCGCAUGUACAUCGAUAUCUCCUGUACAGACACAGCCGCGUUAGUUCCUUCCUUGCUGCUGGAUGGAAGUUCAGCAUUAUGUUUUUUCAUGUAUAUUCUCGAAAUACACACCUUCAUUUCUAACUCUGUUCUGCUUUCACCUUGUACAUCACGACGGGUAUGUUUAGUUCUUUUUUCUGUGCGGCAA